AUGCUUGUAGGAAGACGAGAUGUUUCGGUUGGAGUGGUUCUGAUUGCAGCGUUGGCCUUCGUGAUCGUCUUGGCAGUGAUGCCUACAGGUUUAUUUGUAGGAAGACGAGAUGUUUCGGCUGGAGUGGUUCUGAUUGCAGCGUUGGCCUUCGUGAUCGUCUUGGCAGUGAUGCUCACCGGUUUAUAUCAAGAUAAUAAUCAUUCACAAAUUAAAUGA